AUGUCAGCACGAAUCAUAUUCUGCGUUGCGAUUUCCCUAGCAACGUUAGCAGUUAUUGUUUUGGCCGUGCUAUCACCUGUGACGUCCCACAACAAGACCCAUCAUGCAAGAUCAUGGUUGGAUCUAUCAUUCUACAUCCAACAGCCUCAGAUAUCAUCAACCUUAAACACUCACCUCGUACCUAGGGAAGAUGGUGGGGCUUUGAUCUUUCCGCGUGUGCUGACAGAGGGACCAGAGAAGAGUUCACGUGUGGUUGGAAGAGCACAGGGGUUUGUGAUUCUCGGCGACAUGUUUCAGCGAUCGUUAUUCGAUGUGAUGUAUCUGAGCUUUGACACCCCACAUCAUAAGGGGAGCCUCAGCGUGCAGGCUCAUGAAGACAAACAACGGUUCAAGGUCAUCGGAGGAACCGGUUCUUUUGCUUUUGCUCGUGGUGUUGCGGUUUUUACCAGAACCGAUGAAGCUGCUGCCACUUACCAUCUCAAACUUCAGCUUCAAUUCCCAAACCGUUCCCCCAACUCAUUACCAACAUGA